CGGAUGACUCAGCCCACAAAAACGGUGCCCGGCUGCGCCUCGCCCCUGGCGUCCCCGUACCGUCCUCCGUCCGUAAACUACUUCAAUCCGCCCACCCGCCCCGACGAAAUCGGCUGUCUCUCACGCCCCCGCCAUCUUCCUCCCCCGGCCCUCUGGGCGUCGCCUCGCUGCCAAUUCUUGCGUUGUCGCCCCUUCGUCAUGUUCCAUAUCCUACGAGGUAUGGGCCAAGCUCGGGAGAGGGGGGAAGGCGGCUGCGCGUUGGGCCGCUGGUCCUCUGCUUGCCUUCUCUGUCCCCUUCCCGACCAUGCUCGUCCGCCCUCCGUGGUUUCUGUUUCUCUCUCUCUCUCUCUCUCCCUUUCUUUUCUUCGAAUAGGCCCGGCCGUCUUUCACUUUCGCUUUCCAGAAGCCACUCGUUCACAAUCGCAUAUACAGCCUUCUCCAUAUUCUAUCGUUCGCGCGCCAUGGCGGAUCUUUCGUCAGAUUUCGGCGAGACCCUCAUCGCCGGCCCGGAACCCGGCAGCGACCAAGAUGAAUUGUACGAAAUGUUCUGCGAGGAGUUCUCUGCGCCGCACGAGGAAGUCGAACUUUUCCCAGAGGAUCUGGAAUCCAGGCGAAAUGCCUUUCGGGAGAUGCAAGCGGCCUACCUGCAGAGCCCGCUUCCGGAUCGCAGAAAGCUGAGCAAGAAAGCCCAGUCUGCGCAGGACAAGGCAUGGCGGGCCUGGGUUGAGUUCGUGACGGAGGAUGCUGGGCAAGACCCGGAACAAGUCAUGAUCGAUUUCUGUCUCGACUCGAAGCUCGCCGAUAGCGUCUGCCAGGCAUUCAUCGAAAGCUACGUCAGGAGAUCUGCACGGCCUUGCUUGACCCUAGGCAAACAAGAAGUCGUCAACGUCCGGCUGGUGAAGUCAGCGAAUAGUGUUCUUGACCUCUGGGACAACCUCGUCGGUGCAGCUGAGCGAGGAGUACUGCAGGAGAAACGAUGGAAAGACCCCGCUAAUCCUGCAUGGAAGCUCAUGUAUCACAAGAAGGACGAGUUUGCAAGUAAGCCAGCGAGUAAGAUCCGAAAGUGGAUCGAGGGCGGCCUUGCGGACAAGUAUAAUCUUGAACGGCGCCAGACGUUUGUCAAAAAAGAAGCGACGAUCGACGACAUCUUGACGUUCAUCGAUACACUAUGGACUCGUGCGAGUGAUAUCCCUUGUAGCGCUGCUACUCGUCUAGCCGUCCACACGACUGUCCUUUUGGAUAGCCUCGGAGGCUGGAGGCUGGGAACUCUGAUGAACUUCAAGUAUCGCGACAUCGAGAUGGCCGUUGUCAGGGAUCCCGAAGACCAUGAGCGAACAGCUCUCACGGCCACAAUCAACGUGGAACAGAACAAGCGGCAGGCCAACAAAGCACAGACUUCCCAGGACGACAUUAUCUCUUUCACCGUCCUCUCUGUACCUUGUGAGAAGGUCUGCAUCUUGCGCGCUCUCGUCGCUCGUGCGCUUUUCGACGAUGCCUUCGAUCCUGCAUUCGACUCGUUCGAGAGCUUGCUUGCACGACCUAAUCUGGAAGACGCAGAUUACGCCAGGUUGCACUGGAGGGAAGAGAUUCUUGAUGAACCAAUCAUUCCGAUACAGUACGGAUGUUUCUGGAAAAUCUGGCAGCGUGUGCUCUUCGUUAUGGGCUGCCGAGAAGGCCUCCGGCCGUAUGCAAUGCGCGUCGGUGCUGGCGGUCGACUUGACGGACCUCUUACCCCAGCCUUGAGAAACUACAUUUUGUCAAACACGUCACGAGUCUACGAGAAAAGCUACCAGCCUAGACACAUCCGAGAGAAUCUUGCCCGCGUAGCGUACGGCGACUUGGCAGGCCAGAGCGACGCUCUUCACACGAUACUGCGCAACGCUACGUUCACACGAGACGAAAAGGCGCCCUUGUACCCAACAGAACGAGACCUUGAUGUAUUUGAAAAGCGGAACGAUGUGCAAAAACGCCGAAAAGAGUACCGAGCCGCGGUCACGUUGCAUGGCGCCGGCAGUGUUCAGGCAAAGAGGAUGGGCGCCAGGGUCUGGGACCUCAUCGAAGCGCUAUCUGCCCUCACUGUGAAGGUUCGGCGGGCCAAGUACUUCAAGGAAGCGGAUCGACGAAGAGUACAGGGCCUGUCGACUACCGACUUACGGGUGACGCCCGCAGAAGAUCCCCAUAGGAAGAGCGAACAGUCGAGAUUCACCAGCGGCAUCGCUGCGAAGAUAGGCUCAUACCUACGAGACGAAGACGCGGAUAUCAACAGUCACGUCACAAGGUGUCAUGGCGAGGAGAACGCGCCGCACCUGAUAUCUCGAAGUCCAAAUGAACAGAAAAUGGUCCGAUGCCUCAUCUGUCGCUCGUGGCUAUCUGGCACACACAACCUCACGAAACACACACGGGAAGUUCACCAGAAGGCCGGCGGCUUGUUCGAUAAGCCGUUCCGCUGCCCGGAGUGUCAUCGUUCCGGCCAGCAGGUCCUGAUAAUAGACCGUGCAGACUGGAGCCAGCACAUGAAGUGGACCCACGGGACGCGGGAACAAGAAGAGCCUCCGUCAAGCAAUCAGCGAAGAGUUUGUCUCAUAUGCGGCGAGAGCUUCACCAGCAGUCGUUUCUUGGACCACUUCAUGCAAGUCCAUGUUCGGAAGCAGAAAAUUUUUGCUUCGUCAUUCCAUUGUCCUAGCUGCAAGUGCCAAGGACGUGACGUAGAAAUCGUGGGCUAUGGUGGUUGGGUUCAGCAUGCUGCGGAGCCUCAUGAAGGACUCGGUGAAAUCAUCUCACCUUUCCGGGUACAGACGAAUAAACGGCAGGCAUCGGAUGUGGACCGGGCCGAUGCACUGAUGGAGCGCCCAGUGGAGAGUAAAAGACCGCGCAUGGAAAAUGUCGCUGAUGCUUCAUGGUCAGUAGCCCGGGAGCAGCUGUCUUCGCUCGAACCCACAGAAUCAGCCGUUCCAGAAAUGCCUGCCAGGUACUCGGCAUCGCCGCCUGAGUUACCGAUUGACCCUCUGCUGUAUCAACAGGAUGAUGCGAUCCCGGCAAGCAUGGAGAGAUAUGUACCAUAA